AAAAUAUCUCCUAACGCGCCGGGACCCUACCCCUUGGGUGGUGUGGAAACUUGGGUCACGUUGCAACAAGGACAAACGCACGUGUGGUGGGGGGUACGCUGCGCUUGCAUAUAAGCGACUGCUGCGAAUGUAUCCAGCAUUGUGCAAUCAUGUACAGUUGCAGGCACCUUGUGUUGGCGUUUUCCGUGGGAGUUAUGACUGUGUCUACGGCCUUGAUAGCGAUUCUCUGCAGAGCACGCCUGCCUCCCGGAGUCGGCUACACUCGCUUGAUGCUGAUACUGGUGGGCCUUCUUAUCGUUGCAGCACCCCUCGUUGCUGGUGACGACGACGGACCGCCUCCGCGGAAAGCCCCUCGAUUGGUGGUAAUGUUAUUAUUACUAUUAUAGAAUUAAUAAUUAGAUUCCGUUUUUCCGAUUGGGUACAAUUUGUUUUUGUUUUUUGAAGGGCAACGACGAUGACCCCCGGCCCGAUCCUCACCCCGAGGUCCAGGACUCCCCAUUGUCGCCUGACCCUGAUGACAGUGUGGAGGUACGUGUGCGCUUGUGUUGGUUUUGUGUUUGUAUGCGUGUUUGUUUGCGUUACGGGCUGAAUUGUUUUUUCUUUCCAGGAGUAUGACUCGGAUGCCACCGUGGAGAACCUGAUACCCGGUGUAAGUACAAUUGGCUUCCUACAAUUUGUCCGUCUCGUGUUUUUUGCUAUUUUCCUACGGUUUGUUUUUUUUUUUGCAGUCUCCUGACCCGUGGGCUUUUGGACCGAGGCCAAGGCAGAGGCCUCUCAAUGACACAGCGGUUGAGGACCUUCUGCUGGGACCCUGGGAAGUGUUGGAGGCUGCCAUCACGGGUAUGCCUCUACCACCGUCUCCAUCACCGCCCCGGGCCGCAGCCCGCAGGCUCCCUCUCCAGACGAUGCCGCUUCCUCGGCCGCGGCGACUUCCGAGGAUAAGUAUCGCCCCGACCCAGGCCCCCUCGACGUCCCGGUCCUCUGGUGGGUCCAACGUAGCGACCGUCGCCCCGGUCCCCUCGACGUCCCGGUCCUCUGCUGGGCCCACGACCCAACCCUCUACCUCAACGGGUCGAACCGGCGCUUGUAGAAGGCCUCCUACAGCUGCAUCAGGAGUAGAUGUGGCACGGCAGAGGUUACGGGAACUGGUGCUGGACCAUUUCCUUCAAGUAUUUGUUUCGCCGGCGCACGCUCCCGUGGCGUGCACUGUGGGGGCGUUGGUUGCGAUGUCCACCCUGAGGGCCGAGCUCAGGGAUAUGCUCUGGCUCGUCGACCAUCUUCUCGACGAGACGCCCCGUGACCAGAGCCUCGUGAUAGCGUACGCGCUUUGGAGGGAAGUGCGCUCGUCGUUGGAGGGUCUGCUCAUCGGCAUCGGCGAGAGCAUGGAGUCGGCGGCCUCGAGGGAUCCCUACGACAUCGACCCUGAGGAACCGGAACCGUCGCCCCCGGCUAGGCACGUUCGCUGCUGUGUCUGUAUGGACAGAUUGCCGACGGUAGGGUUGAGGCCUUGUGGACACACUCUGUGCCCACAAUGUGCCCAUAGGCUCUUACGUUGUCCAAUCUGUCGGGUGAUCAUCCACGGGAGGAUGCCAUUGUUUUUUUCUUAAAAUUUUUAAAAUAAACACGUUUUUUUUGCUA